AUGGUUGGUGAUGGAUCAGAUGCAGCACUUGCUUACCAUGAGCCGCCAAUUGCAACCAUACUAAAUCUGACAGGAUUUCUCGUGGCCUUGAAUGUUGUGAAUGUUUGCCUUGACAAACUUCUGUACUGUGGAUUAAUUGGUCAGUUAUUUAUCGGUAUCCUCUGGGGUACACCGGGAGCAAAAUGGCUCGACCCUGAGACCGAAGCUGUUAUCCAGCAACUGGGAUACCUUGGUCUAAUCAUGUUGGUAUAUGAGGGUGGUUUGUCAACAUCGAUCAAAUCUGUGAGAGCAAACCUUUUUGUUUCCAUAGGCGUUGCGAUCACCGGAAUUGGAGCGCCAAUGGGCUUAUCAUUCAUCCUCAAGGAGCUAGUCGCUGCGAGCCCUCUCCAAGCCUUUGCUGCUGGUGCAGCUCUCAGCGCAACUAGCCUUGGAACUACCUUCACGAUUCUGUCAAGCACAAACCUAAUCGCUACACGACUGGGUACAGUCGUCACUAGUGCUGCAAUGCUAGAUGAUGUUGUCGGUCUCGUCAUGGUCCAAAUCAUUUCGAAUCUCGGCGACGAUGACUCGUCCUUCAACGCCGUGACUGUAAUUCGGCCUAUAUUUGUUUCUAUUGGCUUCGCAGUCGGUCUCUUCUCCCUGAGCGCUUUCUGUCUAAAGCCGAUAUUCAAGAAAGUGCUGGUUGUGAAGAACAAGCUACCGAAUUUUAUGGGUACCAUACAAUUUGUAUUUCUUUCCCAGACAUUCUGUCUACUUGGGAUUGUUGCCGGUGCCGCAUAUGCAGGCACCUCGAGCCUCUUUGCUGCUUAUCUUGCGGGCGUGAUUGUGUCCUGGUUUGAUGGGUUGGUUGCAGAAUCUAAGGAGCUAGAUGGUUCUGCUCCUUCCAAUGUCCAUCAGCCAGGCUCCAGCACUUCGAAUCGCAACCUCCCAGGAAAGAGCACUCGCAACCAUGGUAAACAGCCCCAAACCCAGUCCUUGAGUGAGACGUCUACAAAGCAGUCAAGUUUGCUGUAUGACGAAACGCCGACAGGUGAAAAAGUGUAUGAGAAAUAUUACAAGGAGCCCGUCAACCGAAUUCUUAUCCCCUUCUUCUUUGCAUCGAUUGGAUUUGCGAUCCCGAUAACCGAGAUGUUUCAGGGAAGUACCGUAUGGCGCGGCGUUAUCUACGCUCUUCUGAUGACCUUCGGGAAGAUGAUUACUGGUCUAUGGCUCGUCCGAUUUUCGCUGAACCCAACGCCAAUUUUGAUCACUUGGGUCAAAAAGUCUUUUACCUACGUCCACUUCUGCAUUCCCACGAAGACCAACAACAGGAAGCAGAAGAAGAAACAGAAUAUAUCGGAAGACCGCAUACGGUCGUCCAAAGAGUGCACAGAAAUAUCCUCAAGCAAUCAAACAUGUGCCAAUGAAAGGGAUAAGAAUGCGGGAGCUUCGCCCGAUGGGAAUUUCAGCAGUCAGCUCGUACCCCAGGAAGGAUCCCAAGCUCCACCAUCGAACCCGAGUCCUACGAUAACCAUCUCUCCCAAGCCGAAAUCGUUGUAUCCACCAUCCAUCCUCGGGCUAGCCAUGGUUGCCCGAGGGGAGGUCGGAUAUCUCAUCGCUUCACUCGCGCAAAGCCGAGGCAUGUUCGCUCGUGGACCUUCCGGUGAAAGAUCCGAAAUUUAUUUGGCCAUAAUUUGGGCAAUCUCGAUUUGUACCCUCAUUGGGCCGGUCUCCGUUGGGACCCUUGUCAAACGGGUAAAGAAGUUGCAACUGGCGAGAGGGGAUUCUGGCUUGGAUCCACUAGGGGUUUGGGGGAUUUAA